UCAACCCAGCUCCGCCGCCAUCGCCCCACAGCCCUGCCGCAACGCGACCACCGACCAUCGAGCCAAAGCAGGCGGCAUGAGGAGGCUUGAUUCGGUACACUUAUCCAUGCUGCUCAUCGGGGUCUCCUUCGCCUGCUACUCCCCGAGUCUGAAUUCCCUGCAGGAUCAGGCUUACAAAUCCGCCGUGGUGAUUGAGGGCAAGGUGCAGUCCGCGCCUCAGAACGUCUCAGCGGAGCCGUACAGUGUGAAUGUCAAAGUCCUGGACUUGUGGCCGCGAAACAGCGGGGGUCUGGAGCGGGAUCAGCUCGUCACUGUUGGGGAAUUUGGCUCGGAGGCUCCGUGCACCAAAGUGAAGAAGAAUCACAAGUAUAUAUUUUUCAUGGACCCAACUGAUGAACCCUUGGUUUUCAAAGCAUCGUUUGCGCCCUUAGAUACAAGUGGGAAGAACCUGAAAAAAGAUGUUGGGAGGAUCUUGUGUGAAAACUGCGCUGCUCCUCCCUCACUGAAGCGCAUGAAAAACCCUGUGUUGGUGGACGAAGGAAGCAGGCUGAUUGUGAGGUGUGAGGCCUCUGGCAACCCCACCCCGCAGUACAAGUGGUACAAAGAUGGCGCUGAACUGAAGAAGAGCAAAGAGAUCAAAAUUUCCAGGAACGGCAAGAAAACUUCCAAAGUUCAUAUCAGCAGUGCAAAGCUGGAGGAUUCUGGGAAUUACACAUGUGUGGCAGAGAAUAUUCUGGGGAAGGAGAACGGCACCAGUACAGUGCACGUACAAAGCAUAACCACAACGUUAUCUCCGGGUUCGGGUCACGCCAGAAGAUGCAACGAGUCAGAGAAGGCGUACUGCGUGAAUGGCGGCGACUGUUACUACAUACAUGGUAUAAAUCGGCUAUCCUGCAAGUGUCCAAAUGACUUUACUGGUGAUCGCUGUCAAACCUACGUUAUGGCCAGUUUCUACCAGUCUCUUGGGAUUGAAUUUAUGGAGGCAGAGGAGCUCUAUCAGAAGAGAGUCCUGACAAUCACCGGCAUCUGUGUGGCUCUUUUGGUGGUGGGCAUAGUCUGUGUGGUGGCCUACUGUAAAACCAAGAAACAGAGGAAGAAGAUGCACAAUCAUCUGAGGCAGAACAUUUAUGUGGAUCAUCCCAACCGCAACCUGGCCAAUGGACCCAAUCACCCAGGCCCUGGUCCUGAAGAGAUACCCAUGGUAGAUUAUAUCUCCAAAAAUGUACCGGCGACUGAGAGAGUCAUUGGACACGGAGCAGAGGAACCUUUUCCUGGCAGCCGGCAGUCUUCCAGAUCCCACAACUUCUCCACCCGGGCUCAUUCCUCCACUCACAGACAUGAAGGGAGAACGUGGAGUCUGGAGCGAACAGACAGCGUCCUCUCCGACUGUCCUUCCGGCAUGAUGUCAUCCUCAGUGGGGACCAGUAAAUGCAACAGUCCUGCGUGCAUGGAGGCGCGGGCCAGGCGUGCCGCACACUGUGGCUUUACUGAGCCCCACCGGCCGGCCCUGCAGUAUGGUGACUCUUUCGACUCGCUUGGGGACUCUCCGCAUAGCGACAGGUGCGCAGGAGCGCCCUCUAUUUGCAGCCAUGGCACUGAGAACCAUUUUAGUGUGUGCAGUAAGACUCCUCUGCGUUUCAGUGCCCGGUCUCCUUUACCCCUGGGGACUGGCAUGGGUGACGUGAAAGAUUCAAUAGCAAAUAUUCACAGCAUGUACCAUCAGGAUGCAAAUUAA